CUCUCUCUCACACACACACACACACACACACACGCACACACACACACAAACACAGGCCCACACACUGAGCCACAGCCUCCAGUUUUGUCAUGCUAAAGUGAGUUUUGUGGACUUUUCUUCAACACUGAGACUGCAAGGAGACAAAUGGCUAACAUUUAUACCCUCAGAGCUCUGUUCUGUGGCCAGUGGUCCUCAGAUGCCAGGCUGGAUGGAAAAACCAUCAUCAUCACUGGUGCUAACACAGGCAUCGGGAAGGAGACAGCUUUAGACCUGGCAAAGAGAGGUGGAAGGAUCAUAUUCGCCUGUAGGGACAUGACAAAGGCUGAGAAGGCCAGAGCAGAGAUUAUAGAAAACUCUGGAAACCCAAAUAUUAUCUUACGAAAACUGGACUUGUCUGAUACGAAGUCCAUCAGAGAGUUUGCCGAGGUCAUCAACAGAGAGGAGAGCCAGCUGCACGUCCUGAUCAACAACGCUGGGGUGAUGAUGUGUCCAUACUCGAGAACAGCCGAUGGGUUUGAAAUGCAGUUUGGAGUCAAUCACCUAGGUCACUUCUUGCUAACAUCCCUGUUGCUUGAGCUGCUGAAGCGGUCUGCCCCCUCGAGGAUCAUCAACCUAUCAUCUAUGGCUCAUGCCUGGGGGCGGAUCCAGUUGGAGGAUAUCAACAGUGAGAGGAACUACAACUCAAGGAGGGCCUACGGCCAGAGCAAACUGGCCAACAUCCUCUUCACCAGAUCUCUGGCAAGAAGGCUGCAAGGCACUGGAGUGACGGCAUACGCCGUCCAUCCAGGGAUCGUUCGUACAGAACUGAAGAGACAUAUGAACCUGUUCCUACUGGUCUCCUGGAAGAUUGUCCGACCCUUCACCAAGACCUGCGUUCAGGGGGCCCAGACCUCCAUCUACUGUGCUGUGGAGCCUGAACUAGACAAAGACAGUGGGGGAUACUAUUGUGACUGCAAGCUGUCUGGUUGCACCAGUGCAGCUAGAGAUGACAUCGUGGCUGAGAAACUGUGGGAAGUCAGCUGCCAAAUGUUAGGUAUCAGCUGGGAGUGACCGACUGAUACCCUCCUGAUGUCUGGUGGGGCCAUAUGAUCCCAAACUGGAGCUGCAGAGAGUAAUUGGUUAACAAGCCCAUACAAAGACUCAACAUGAAAAUGAGGCACAUGGAGCCAGAUUUUUUCAUUUAAAUAAUAUAUAUGUUAAAUCCUAAUUGUAGUUCAUUAAAAUAAUUAAAUAAACAGAACAUAUCGCUAACCUCAACAUCUAGAAAUACUACCACACCACUAGAAGGUACUAAGUAAUAACCUACACUAUAUUAGGACGCCAAAUAAAAAUGUCAAUACUGACAUGUCAAUAUUUAUUUAGAUAUAGUUUAUUUAUUAUUUAUGGACUACCUUUGAACUGCACAAUCAAUAUUUCAUAUAAUGAUUAAUAACAGUAAAUGCAAAACAAAACAAACAAAAACAAUACAUAUAUAUCCUAAUGAAGAUGCUGUUAGUGGCAAAUUCAACUAUGAAAGCGAAUUCUAAAUUAGUCAUAUUAGUCAUUAGUCAUAAUACAUUAAUAUGCAAAAAAAACAACAACCAAAAAACAAACAAACAAACAAACAAACAAAAGCAAUAUGAUUUGCAUGGCAAUUUGUUUUUAGACUCCUGAACAUUUAUUUUUCCCAAAUAAAAUACCAGUGUAACAGACAGGUUGCUGAUUGUGGUACAUUGUAAGCUAUAUGAACGAUUCCCCUUGUGUUAUCCUGCCAGUCAGAAAUAAUCAGAAUUGCAGACCAAAGUGAGCAAAUAAGUGAGUUAGUGACAUUGUGGUGUUUGGAGGCUUGUGUUGAUGAUGCUGAACACCAGGUUUGCUGCUGUGAGAAGAUGUUCACACCAGAGUAGCCUUAGGAAGUGCUCCAUUUGACAAAACAGGCACACUUGCGCAACAAAAUGCAAAGAACAAUUUGCAAAAGAUCCAUUG